AUGUCUUGCAAGGAGGUCACCACUUUCUAUCGACUUUGUGGGCACACCAUACGAGGAAUCAAGCACCAUGGGGCUUGUCUAUCCCGUCCUACGGUAGGAGAAGACCCCGAAUGUUGGAACCCUAUGCCCCUUAAGCCCGAGCACUACUACCUAGUAGGAUAUUGCAUCUACUGUUACAGGCUGGAGAUUCAUGGUCUGCUGCCCGAAACGCUCACACUUCACGACACCGGAUCAAUGCCCGUGUGCCAAAAUCCCGGGGACCACACGGAUCGAGAAAUUUCGAUGCUGGCCCAGAUUGCGCGGAGAGAGGUCGAGAACUACGAGAAGCCCACCUCGCGAAACCAAGCGAGGCAGAGGAACUUCCUCAAGACUCAGGACAUGAAUCGUCGUAAGCUGAGGUGGAUGACCGAUGCCAGGGCCUGGCUGAGGCUGCGAGAUGAUGACUUUAAUGCGGAUGAGCGGCCUUCGGUUCAUAUCUUGAAGCUCAACAACUGGAAUUUGCACCCCGGAAGCCCGCCGCUUCUCGUUCCCGCCGUGAGGCCUUUAGAGCAGGAGGAUGAGAACUGUACCAUCUGCAUGAGCCCGCUGUGGCAUUCUCAGCAGGAAUUGGACAGCGCCGACCCGACAGAGAGGCGGGAGAUAGUCGAGAGAGGCGAGGCUAUCGUGCUGCCUUGCUCUGACAACCACAGGUUCCAUGUCCAUUGCCUGCAACGGUAUCUGGAAGAGGUCCCGGACGACCCUGCCGGUCGGCCGGAUUAUCAGGUUCGAAAGUGCCCACUCUGCCGGGCCUUGUACAGGAUUCUGUACGAGCCGGGCUUUGGAGAGCCCGAGUGGAAUUACGACUUUGGCGCAGAAUCGUACUGGCAGGUCGGCGGCUUCAUCGACUUCACGCCGGUCGUUCCGCCACGACUACAGAAUUUCAGGCAAUAUGAAAGAUACGAUCGUUGGGGCACCAUCAGCUAUGAAGCACAUCAGCGUUUUGCCAACAACAACAACAACAACAACAACAACAACAACAAUAACAACAAUAACUUGAACUGA